AUGUCGUUAGUUAAUGAAACUAACAUUUGUGCUUGUGGUAAAAUAAAAGGUUUAAUGAAUAGUACAAAUUGGCUAAGACAUACUAAAUCGUGCAAAAAACGAAAAUCAGUACUUUGUACUGCAAAACUGAAUACAUUUUUUAAAUCUUCUAGACUAUCAAAUGAUGUUUCUGACAAAGUUGACAGUUCUAAUUUGAAUACUGUCAGUAGCAUAUCAAAAUCAUCAAUAGAAAUGGAUGUUCAAGGUUCAAAUACAAAUAAUACUAUAUUAUUGCCUGAGAAGUUUAAGAUUAUAGUUCCAACAUUGGAGGUUGAUUUAAAGUCGAACGAGGAGUCAAAUGAAAAUGAAUCUGAAGUAGCUAUAUCUACUACACUAAUGGCUGAACCAAUUCCAACAUCUGAGGUUGAUUUAGAGUCAAAUGAAGCUGAAGUAGCUUUAUCUACUACACUAAUGGUUGAACCAAAAAUGGGACCAUGUCAACCACUUCCAACAGAACUUCCUGGCGGUAAAUAUCCAGUUAUAAAUGGUCAUCGAUUUUCACCAAAAUUGUAUCAUAGAAUAUUACCUGAUGGGACUGUAACAAGACGGAAUUGGUUAUCAUAUUCUAAGUCAACUGAACGUUUGUAUUGUAUUGAAUGUAUACUUUUUCCUGGAAAGGGUAAAAAUGCUCCUAAUAAAGCUUGGGUUAUUGAUGGUUAUAAAAAUUGGAGUACUUGUACUAACAAAAUAGAAAACCAUGAAAAAACUUCAGCACAUAUUUACUCUUCACUCACACUUAAAAUUCGACAAUCAUCCUUACCAUUGGUACCAUCUAUAGCUACUAAAAAAAAUGAAGAAGUUUUCAUGAAUAGAGAAAUUAUCAAAGAGCUGAUUGACAUAACACUAUUUUUAGGAAGACACAAUAUGGCUUUUAGAGGGCAUAGGGAAAACUGGCAAAAUAAUAUGUGUGGCAAUUUCAAAGAUUUAUGUUCUUUAAUAUCAAAAUUUUCCCCUGCAAUGGCAACUUAUUUCAGUUCUCAAAAGCAAAAAUAUAAAAUUAAUCAACGUUCUCAAUACUCAUUUACUUCAUGGCACCGACAGAAUGCGUUGAUUGAUAUAGUGUCAAAUCAUAUAAAAUCAAGUAUAUCUCUCAUUAUAAAAAAUUCAAAGUUUUUCAGUAUUGCCAUAGAUUCGACAUUUGAUGUCUCUCACCGAGAACAAAUUUCUUUUGUGUUCAGAUAUGUAGAUGAGGAAAAAUGUGAAAUUAAAGAGAGACUCUUAGCAUUGAAGGAUACUCCAAAAACAACUGGCAACGCCUUGUGUGAAAUGUUCAAAGAAGUGUGUACAUUAAACAGUUUAGAUUGGACCAAUAAUUUGGUUGGUCAAUCUUACGACGGCGCCUCAAAUAUGAGGGGACGAUAUAAUGGAUUACAACAAUUAAUACGUAAUGAAAAUCCUCAAGCAAUAUUUAUUUGGUGUUUCAGUCAUCGCUUAAAUUUAAUUGUCGCUGAUGCAGUUAGUGUAUGUUCAAAUGCCAUGGAUCUUUUCGGAAAUUUAGAACGACUAUACGAUUUUAUAUCUAGCAGUAAAUUUCGUGCAGACGUAUAUGAAGAGCAACAAAAAAAACAUUACCAUGGACAGCAAAUCCGUCGAUUAAAAAGAGUGUCCUGUACUAGAUGGAUGUCUCAUAAAUUUGCAUUAGAUGUUGUACUAAAUACUUAUGUGGCAACAGUUGAAUGUUUAAAUGUUAUUCGCAGUGAAUCGGGUGACAAACAAGCUGGUUCAGAAGCUGGAGGUUUUUUAAAUUAUUUUCAGUCAACAAGAUUUGUCUAUACAGCUUAUAGUUUUAAAGUUCUGCUUCAAAUUCUCGAGCCUGUAUCAAGUUAA